AUGAUGAUCACUAACUCAUCUGAAGCCCAAGAAAGCAAUCAGAUCAGCAAGGACAGCAACAGCAAGAACAUGACGGCCAACAACCAAAAGUGUUUAUCAGAUCAUGAGCAAGUUGAUCAAGACGAAGCCGGAAACUAUAAGCUGGAGAGGUUUGGCGCGGUACUGAGCAGGAACUGCUCAGUUUCCUCAAACUCUGGAUUCCAGUCUGCAGUUAAGAGGGCAUUGUCAAUGAGAAGAUCAUCGUCAACAGUCUCCGAGAGGUACUGUAGGAUCCAUGACCAGUCUAUGACACUAGCAUCCCCCACUACUGAUCAUGAUGGGGACAAUACAGCUAGGGCGUCAAGAAGAAGAAGAUCAUCAAUGGAUCCGAAGAAACACAGACCGGGAGGCAAGAUCCUUAAAGCCUGUAAGCGCCUUUUUGGACUGUAG